AUGGGUUCCAAGUUCCAAAUGCCUCUCAAUCUAAAGCUGCUCUUCCUCUUCCUGAUGAUUCUGUUCUUCUUCUACCUGUUGCUGAAUGCUUCCUCUCAAUUUCGCCAAGGCAACAUCACAUCGUCUGGAACAGAGGACGGCGGCGCAAGUGCAAAUUCUUGCUCAAAGAUCCCUCCUUCCUUGGCCGAUGCCGUCGUCCACUACGCCACAUCGAAGAUCACUCCCCAGCAAACCAUCGACGAGAUCUCCGUCACGGCCGAGGUCCUGCGCCAACGCUCCCCCUGCAACUUCCUCGUCUUCGGCCUCGGCCACGACAGCCUCAUGUGGAGCGCGCUCAACCACGGCGGCCGCACUGUCUUUCUCGAGGAGGACGAGAAGUGGAUCGAGACCGUGCGCCGGAGUCUCCCCGCUACAGUGGAGGUGCAACUCGUCGUGUACGACACGCAGGUGAGCGAAGCGGGGCAGCUCCUGGAGUUGCGGAGGCAGAGGUUGUGCACGGCCGUCGGCGAUCCGCGGCUCUCCAAGUGCCCGCGCCUGGCGCUCAGAGAGCUGCCGGCCGUGGUGUACGAGGUGGAGUGGGACGUGAUCAUGGUGGACGCGCCGACCGGGUACCACGCCAGAGCUCCGGGGAGAAUGUCGGCGAUAUACACGGCGGGGAUGGCGGCGAGGUGGAGGGAGAAGGGGGAGACGGACGUGAUGGUGCACGAUGUGGACAGGAGCGUGGAGGACGAGUUCUCCAAGGCCUUCUUGUGCCAAGGCUACAUGAAGCGUCAGGCAGGGCGCUUGAGGCACUUCACUAUUCCCAGCCAAUGGCCUAACGACGGUGUUGAUGUGCCAUUUUGCCCUUAAAAUUAA